CAACACCUUUCACUCUCUCUCUCUAUUCAAAACACAACUACCCCACGAGUCAUUCGCUCCCUUCUGUUAAUUUCAUUUUUGUUUUAUUUUGUUUUUUCUGAUAUAUUCCAAGUUUUUCUGAAACAUUCAAAAUAAACAAGUAGGUUGAUUUGUGCAUUGAGUAUAGGACCUUUUUUGUUGUUGUUAAUAUUCAAAACAAACAAGAAAGAAAAGGAUUGCCUCUUGAUUGAAUGAUUGAUUGUCUUGUUCUACCUGAAGAUUGUUUAAUUUUGGUAGAAUUAGUGGGCUACAACAGUGACGGUGAUGGAAAGUGCGUGUAAUGUAUUGCAUGGGUUGAAGCCGACCAUUUUAAUGGUGGUGGUCCAGUUUGCAUUUGCUGGGGUCAAUGUGUUCUACAAGCUUGCCGUAAAUGAUGGAAUGAACCUGAGGGUUAUUGUAGCUUAUCGCUUCCUUUUCGCAUCAGCUUUUAUUGCUCCUCUCGCUUUUGUUCUUGAAAGGAAAAGCAGACCAAAGUUGACACGGGCAGUACUCUUCCAAUCAUUUCUUUGUGGCCUAUUUGGGGGAUCAUUAGCUCAAAAUUUAUAUAUUGAGAGCCUAGCCUUGACAUCUGCAACAUUUGCUUCAGCCAUAGCUAAUCUUGUUCCUGCCGUCACCUUCAUUUUGGCAGUCCCAUUUGGGUUGGAGAAGCUGAAUCUGGGAACAAUAGAAGGAAAGGCUAAAGUGAUGGGAACAUUAAUGGGAAUAGGUGGGGCGAUGCUGCUUACUUUCUAUAAAGGCGCAGAAAUUGACAUUUGGUCUACUCAUACGAACCUUUUGCAUCACUCUCAACAUGGUCAGAAUGGACACUUGGCAACUGAUUCUAGUAAUCGCCUUUUGGGCUGUAUUUUCGCUGUAGGAAGUUGUAUGUCGUACGCCCUCUGGUUAAUCAUUCAGGCUAAAAUGAGUGAGAGAUAUCCAUCAUAUUACUCCGGCACAGCUUUGAUGAGUAUAAUGGGAACAAUCCAAGCGUUUGUUUUUGCCCUAUUCAUGGAGAGGGAUUGGAGUCAGUGGAAGUUGGGUUGGAAUAUUAGGCUGCUUACAGUGUCCUAUUCGGGAAUUGUGGCUUCUGGACUCAUGGUAACAUUCAUUGCAUUGUGCGUGCACAUGAGAGGCCCUUUAUUUGUCUCUGUCUUCAACCCUCUAAUGCUUAUUUUAGUUGCCAUUAUGGGGUCUCUAAUACUAGACGAAAAGUUGCACAUUGGAAGCAUUAUAGGAGCCACGUUGAUUGUAUGCGGGUUAUACGUGGUGCUGUGGGGUAAAGGCAGGGAGAUGAAGAAGAUAACUCAACUAGCACCCUCAGAAUGCUCCCCAGAAUCUGACUUGACCCAUAUUGUUAUUACGUCUCCUAUGGAUGGCGACAAUAACAACAACAGUGCAAGCGUUAAAAUCAAUGGCCUUUCAACCCCUAUUGCUUCUGUAGAUGACAGCACAUUUGAAAAAGGACAUGAAGAAAGUCAUGAGCAAAAAGAGGAAAAGAAGAAUAGUAUGGGGUACCUAUGUAAUGUAAUACAAAGCUCGAAGCCAGGGAUUUUAAUGGUAGUAGUUCAGAUAGUAUAUGCAGGGAUGAAUAUACUAUACAAACUUGUAUCAGAAAAUGGAGUGAAUUUGAGGAUCCUCAUUGCCUACCGUAUGUUGUUUGCCACUGCCUUCAUGGUUCCUCUUGCUCUCAUCUUUGAAAGGAAAACCAGGCCAAAACUAACAUGGGUAGUAAUGUUCCAGGCUUUUCUUUGUGGGUUACUUGGGGGGACAUUGGCUCAGAAUCUAUAUUUUGAGAGCUUUGCCUUCACAUCAGCAACAUUUGCUGUCGCCAUGAGUAAUCUCAAUCCAGCCAUUACCUUCGUUCUAGCAACAUCUAUCGGGUUGGAAAAGCCAGCAGUAGGAACAUUGGGUGGGAUGAUGAAGAUUGCGGGGACAGUGGUAGGCAUAGGUGGGGCAAUGCUAUUCACUUUAUACAGAGGUGUGAAAAUUGACUUGUGGUCAACGCAUGUUGACCUUUUACAUCAUCAACAACACGUGGCACCAUCACACCCAGGCUCUAGUCAACAUGUAAUCGGCGCCCUAUUGUGUUUAGCAUGCAGUUUAUCCUAUGCAAUGUGGUUGAUAAUCCAGGCAAAAAUGAAUGAAAGAUAUCCAUGCCUUUAUUCAGGCGCAGCUCUCAUAUGUACAAUGAGUUUCUUGCAGUCUACUGUUUUUGCCUUAUGCACUGAAAGGGAUUGGAGUCAGUGGAAAUUGAGUUGGGAUCUUAGGCUCCUUACUGCAGCUUAUUCGGGGAUUGUGUGUUCUGGCGUGGUGGUGGCUGUAAUUGCUUGGUGUAUACAAGCAAGAGGUCCAAUGUUUGUCUCAAUUUUUAAUCCUCUUUCGCUCUUAAUCGUAGCACUCGUAGGAUCUUUAGUAUUGGAGGAAGAGCUGCACCUAGGAAGUAUACUAGGAGCGACUUUGAUCGUGUGCGGGUUGUACAUGGUGUUGUGGGGUAAAAGCAGGGAAAUGAAGAUGAAAAAUCAGCCAGAGCCAUCAAAAAGCUCCCAAGAAUCUCAAUCUCAAUCGAAACUCCGAAGAGUGCGCAGCUACAAAAUCAUCUAG